GAAUACUCGGACGAUAAGACUUCGUUGGACUUUAGUGAAACGCGCCUUGAUGCUGGGGACGUGGCGACAAUUGCUCUCUGGCUGAAGGACGACGCGGUGCUGACCACCCUCAACAUCAGCAAGAAUUACAUCUCCGACGAGGGUGCCAAGGCGCUGGCCUCCGCUCUUCGCGUCAACGAGGUGCUGACCACCCUCAACCUCCGCUCCAACAGCAUCGGCCCCAAGGGCGCUGCCGCCGUCGGCGAGGCCCUCAAGGUCAACGAGGUGCUGACCACCCUCAAACUCGGCAACAACAACAUCCGCGCCGAGGGCGCCGCCGCAAUCGCCGAGGCGCUGCGCGGCAACGGGGUGCUGACCAACCUGAACCUCUACUACAACAAGAUCGGCGACGAGGGCGCCAAGGCGCUAGCAGCCGCU